AUCCAGAACUGUAGAUCCAUCCUUCUGAUUCAGGCGAUGAUCUGUUUGGAAGCGAUUAUUCUCAUAAACAUAACUGUUGCAACAUCCUGCUGCACACUAUCAGUCUACAUGUCCUGCAAUGAAUCAGGACUUUGCAUUGAGACACACCUCUGUGUGCAGCAACAUUCAGCAGAGGAGGUGUGACUAAAGCUCCACCCCUCAUCAGACUCACCUGAUAAACCAGACAAACCAGGAAACAGUUUGUUAUUCUUCCUCACUAAAGAGAGUCACACAGACUGAAAACCAGACGAUCAGAUUCACCUUCAGAACAAACUAACAACUUCAUCUGAGUGAGUUCAUCUACAGGAGAGAAAAGUGGAAAACUACAACACUGCUGCUUCAACCUGCUGACGCUCCACACACUGAAGCUUCACUCAGAGACGAAAUGGCUUCCAGAUCAGAGGAGGAUUUCUGCUGUCCGGUCUGUCAUGACGUCUUUAGAGAUCCUGUUGUUCUGUCAUGUAGCCACAGCUUCUGUAAAGACUGUCUGAAGAACUGGUGGAGAGAGAAACUAACACGUGAGUGUCCAGUUUGUAAGAGAAGAUCUUCAAAGGUUGACCCACCUUGUAACCUGGCCUUAAAGAACCUGUGUGAGGCCUUCUUACAGGAGAGAGAUCAGAGAGCUUCAGAGGCUCUCUGCAGUCUGCACUCUGAGAAACUCAAACUCUUCUGUGUGGACCAUCAGCAGCCAGUGUGUCACAUCUGCAGAGAUUCAGAAAAACACACCAACCACAGAUUCAGACCCAUCGAUGAAGCUGCACGACAACACAAGAAGAAACUUCAGGAAACUCUGGAGCCCUUAAAGGAGAAGUUAAAGGUUUUUCAACAAGUUAAAGUGAAGUCUGAUCAAACAGCAGAACACAUGAAGGUCCAGGCCCGGAGCACAGAGAGGAAGAUUAAGGAGCAGUUUAAGAAGCUUCACCAGUUUCUAGAAGAGGAAGAGGAGGCCAGGAUCUCUGCUCUGAGGGAGGAAGAGGAGCAGAAGAACCAGAUGAUGAAGGAGAAGAUGGAGGCUCUGAGCAGAGAGAUAGCAGCUCUUUCAGACACAUUCAGAGCCACAGAGGAGGAGCUGAGAGCUGAAGACGUCUCAUUCCUGCACAACUACAAGGCUGCAGUGGAAAGAGUCCAGCAGCGCCCCCUGCUGGAGGAUCCACAGCUGCUCUCAGGAGCUCUGAUAGACGAGGCCAAACACCUGGGCAACCUGACCUUCAACAUCUGGAACAAGAUGAAGGAGAUGGUCUCCUACACUCCUCUGAUUCUGGAUCCAAACACUGCUCAUCCAGAACUCAUCCUGUCUGAAGAUCUGACCAGUGUGAGACCAGGAGAGAAACAGCAGCUUCCUGAUAAUCCAGAGAGGUUUGAUAAAGACUGGUCUGUCCUGGGCUCUGAGGGCUUUAACUCUGGGACUCACAGCUGGGAUGUCGAGGUUGGAGACAGUACAUUCUGGUUUCUGGGUGUGUUAGCGAGUCUGUCCAGUCUACCCACUGAUCUCACAGUCCAGAAGAAGCUCCAGAGGAUCAGAGUGAAUCUGGACUGGAACAGAGGAAAGCUGUCGUUCUCUGAUCUUGAUACUAACACACACAUACACACCUUCACACACACUUUCACUGAGAAGCUGUUUCCAUUCAUUUUCCCUGUUGGUAAACUGAAUAUAUUACCACUGAAGGUCUGUGUGACAGUGGAACAGAGCAGUUAAAGAUAAAGAGCAUGAUCAUAUUUAUAUUAAUGAUGUUUAUUUCUUAAGGGGGAAACUCUCUGAAUUUAAGCUGCACCUGUCCUCCUGCUGACUCAUUAUUCCAAAGAUAUGUUUAUUUUUGUUUCAGGUAUUGUUUUAUUAUGUUUUUAUUUUAUUUCUAUUAACAAUCUGCUUUUUUGUUUCUGUUGUCGACCUUUAUUAAAUUACAUUACCUUCAUUUAGCUGACCCUUUUAUCCAAAGUGACUUACAAUAAGUGCAUUCAACCAUAUGGAUACAACCCAAAAAUUGCAAUAAUUAUGCAUUACAUCAUCUUAAUUAAAUAUGCUAAACUGCUUCAAGUGCUACAUUUAGAAACAAUAAGAGAGAAAGAAAGAGGGUUUUGUUUUUGUAAAAUAAUUUCACUCAGUAUCUCUGAUCUUUCUGUUUGGUUCGUUUACACUUUUCUUUCUUUAUUGAUACUGUGUCAUUUUACUGUAAAUUGUUGUUCAUUUUGAUUAUUUUGACUUGCGUGUGUGGAGCCAUGAAGACCAGCAAAGACUUUGUAGAAGUUGAUGAGAUCCAAAUAAAGA